AUGGCGACGCAUUUCCACGACCCCGCAUUAUCGCCCUACAGUCCCAUUGAGAGCCUGAUGAAUCCCUUGUCGUUUGUCUGGGAGUGGUUAGCGUCUUUCAGGUCAGAGGGAGUUCAGGAUGAGCAAGUGACUCCUGAUUCUAAGUCAGAGAAUGCUGCUGUUCUCUGCAAGGAAGACAUGAUGUGA